CUCCGAAAAAUCGCGGGAAUUCAUGAAACUACUUGAUGAUCUUGACAUGGUUGGUGCAUUCGACGUCGUCGCGAUUCACGCAUGAGCCGCGCGACUUAAAAAUAAACCACACGAGAAUUCGAAAAUUUAACCGCGGUGCGCGCUCCACGCUCCAGUCUGGCGGGAGAACUUGUGCGGUACGGGACUGUGCUUGGAAUUUGAAAAUAAAAUAAAAAUAAUAACACCGAAACGCCGAAACACCGAAUCUAGCUGUUAUCGAUCCCAAUCAUUUCGAAAUUUUCAAGACUCCUCUACCUUUCAAAUUGAAUCAAGCACACCACAAAAUCGAAAAUGUUAAUAAGACUCGCCAGAAGCCCACUAUGCCGGACCGCAAACCAUUCCUACAAAUUGAAUUACUCAACAAAAAUUGAAUAUAGACCAAUCAGGAGCGUUCUAGUCGCUAAUAGAGGAGAAAUUGCAGUGCGAGUAUUUAGGGCUUGCAAUGAAUUAGGAAUCAAAUCUGUAGCUAUUUAUUCUAAAGAAGACAGAUCUCACAUUCAUAGGUUGAAAGCAGAUGAAAGUUACCUGGUCGGAGAAGGUUUACCGCCAGUCCAAGCAUACUUAAAUGUUCCAGAAAUUAUAAAAAUUUGUAAGGAUAACGGCAUCGACGCCGUACAUCCAGGUUAUGGGUUCCUAUCAGAGAGAUCAGACUUUGCUCAAGCUGUCAUCGACGCCGGCAUCAGAUUUAUCGGACCAUCUCCGAAGGUCGUGUACCAAAUGGGUGAUAAAGUUGCUGCUAGAGAAGCUGCCAUUGCAGCAGGUGUACCAAUUGUGCCUGGUACCGAUGGUCCAGUUACAACAAAAGAAGAAGCUAGGGAGUUUUGCAUCAAGCAUGGUUUGCCUGUGAUAUUCAAAGCAGCCUAUGGAGGAGGCGGUAGAGGUAUGAGAGUUGUGAGGAAGAUGGAAGAAGUAGAGGAAAAUUUCCAAAGAGCUUCAUCGGAAGCUCUCAGUGCUUUUGGUAACGGGGCCAUGUUUAUAGAAAAAUUCAUCGAGAGACCUAGACAUAUUGAAGUCCAACUUUUAGGUGACAAAGCUGGAAAUGUAGUUCAUCUAUUCGAACGAGAUUGCUCGGUUCAACGUCGUCAUCAAAAGGUAGUAGAAAUGGCCCCGGCGCCCCAUUUAGACCCCAAAAUCAGAGAACAAAUGACGUCGUUGGCUGUCAAACUAGCGAGGCACGUGGGCUACGAGAACGCCGGGACAGUAGAAUUUUUGUGCGACGAAAAAGGCAACUUCUACUUCAUCGAAGUCAAUGCUAGGUUGCAAGUGGAACAUACCGUAACUGAAGAAAUUACCGGCAUCGAUUUGGUGCAGUCCCAAAUUAGGGUCGCAGAAGGAAUGACAUUGCCCGAAUUGGGUAUUUCUCAGGAAACAAUCAAGCCCAGCGGUUUCGCCAUCCAAUGUCGUGUGACCACGGAAGAUCCAGCCAAAAAUUUCCAACCGGACACCGGCAGGAUAGAGGUAUUCCGUUCCGGAGAAGGUAUGGGUAUCCGUUUAGAUGGAGCUUCAGCCUUCGCAGGAGCCAUCAUCUCCCCCUACUACGAUUCUCUACUCGUCAAAGUCAUAGCCCACUCGAAGGACCUCCAAAGCUCCUGUGCCAAAAUGAACAGAGCUCUCAGGGAGUUCCGUGUUAGAGGAGUCAAAACGAACGUUCCUUUCUUGUUGAACGUGCUGGAGAACCAAAAGUUCCUGAACGGAUCUGUUGAUACUUAUUUCAUCGAUGAGAACCCUCAAUUGUUUAAUUUCGCUCCGACGAGGAACAGGGCUCAGAAGUUAUUGAAUUAUUUAGCACAGGUGCUUGUGAAUGGACCGCAAACGCCGUUGGCUACUAAGUUAAAGCCAGCUGAAACUAAACCGCACGUGCCUCCGGUGUCUCAAGAAUACCUGGCGACGAAUCCAGAGGCAAAUCCAAGUGUUCAACCACCAAAAGGGCUACGCCAAGUAUACAAAGAACAAGGUCCCGAAGCCUUUGCCAAGGCCGUACGUAACCACAAAGGCCUUCUACUCAUGGACACCACGUACAGAGAUGCUCACCAGUCCCUCUUAGCCACCAGAGUACGGUCUCAUGAUCUCCUCAAAAUAUCACCCUUCGUUACCCACAAUUUCAGUCAAUUGUACUCCUUGGAGAAUUGGGGAGGUGCUACCUUUGACGUAGCGUUAAGGUUCCUGCACGAAUGUCCUUGGGAGAGACUAGAAGAAAUGAGAAAAUUGAUUCCUAAUAUCCCCUUCCAAAUGUUGCUCCGUGGAGCUAAUGCUGUUGGUUAUACCAACUAUCCCGAUAAUGUUGUCUUCAAGUUCUGCGAACUAGCGGUCCAAACCGGUAUGGAUGUAUUCAGAGUAUUCGAUUCAUUAAAUUAUCUUCCUAACUUGAUUGUUGGUAUGGACGCCGCUGGUAAAGCUGGUGGUAUAGUAGAAGCUGCGAUCUCUUACUCUGGAGAUGUUAGCGAUCCUAACAAAAAGAAAUAUGACCUAAAAUACUACCUCAAGAUUGCCGAUGAACUUGUUAAAGCUGGUACUCAUGUAUUAGCCAUUAAGGAUAUGGCAGGAUUGCUUAAACCGAAAGCAGCUAAGAUCCUCAUUUCAGCUUUAAGAGACAAAUAUCCUGACCUUCCAAUCCACAUUCACACUCACGAUACUAGUGGUGCUGGUGUAGCCUCAAUGUUGGCAUGCGCUGAAGCCGGUGCUGAUGUAGUAGAUGUAGCCGUUGACUCGAUGUCUGGUCUCACCAGUCAGCCUAGCAUGGGAGCUAUAGUAGCCAGUUUACAGGGUACUCAAAAUGAUACUGGUAUAAAAUUGGACACAGUUUCCGAAUAUUCGGCCUUUUGGGAACAAACUAGGACUUUGUAUGCUCCGUUCGAAUGUACGACAACAAUGAAGAGUGGUAAUGCUGACGUGUAUGGAAACGAAAUUCCUGGAGGACAAUAUACCAACUUGCAGUUCCAAGCCUAUUCGUUAGGUCUCGGUGACUUCUUCGAAGAUGUCAAGAAAGCCUACGGCCAAGCCAACCAACUUCUAGGUGACAUCAUUAAAGUAACUCCAUCAUCGAAGGUAGUUGGAGACUUAGCUCAAUUCAUGGUCCAGAACAAACUUAACACGCAAGACGUUUUAGACAAAGCCGAAGAACUUUCAUUCCCAAAAUCAGUCGUAGAGUACCUUCAAGGUCACAUUGGACAACCGUACGGUGGUUUCCCGGAACCAUUGAGGUCUAAGGUCCUCAGGGAUAUGCCUCGUAUCGAAGGUAGACCUGGAGCAAGUUUGCCUCCUUUGGACUUUAACAAAUUGGGUCAAGAUUUGAAAGAAACAUUCCCCAAUGCUACUGAUCGGGACGUCAUGUCUGCAGCUCUCUAUCCCCAAGUAACCAACGAAUAUUUAGCCUUUAACGAACAAUAUGGUCCAGUAGAUAAACUGGAUACUAGGAUAUUCCUUGUAGGACCUAAAGUGGGUGAAGAAUUCGAAGUGACAAUAGAAAAAGGUAAAACUUUAGGUAUCAAAACUUUAGCCGUAGCUGAAGAUUUAACCGAGAACGGAGAAAGGGAAGUUUUCUUUGAACUGAAUGGUACACUGAGGUCGGUAUUGAUCAGAGACAAAGAUGCUGGAAAAGAAAUGCACUUCCAUCCAAAGGCUGAUAAAACGAACAAACAACAAAUAGGAGCCCCCAUGCCUGGAACUGUAAUUGAUAUCAGAGUAAAAGUGGGCGAAAAGAUAGAAAAGGGAACACCACUAGUAAUUCUUUCUGCCAUGAAGAUGGAGACUGUCGUUCAAAGUCCUGUAGCUGGUACCGUCAAGACGAUUGACGCCGCUAUGAAUAUGAAGCUCGAAGCAGAAGACCUGAUCAUAACUGUAGAAUAAACAAAUCAUUAUUUUAUUUUUAGAUUUUAAAUAUUAAAUCUUUUACUUCAGACAUUACUUAAGCAGGCUGUGUUGUUACAAACACUUUUAAAGUUGUUACAUAUAAAAAAGUAGUUGUUAAGUUUUAAAAUUCUGUUAAUUGAUUUGUAUAUAUUGAAAAUUUAUCAUUUUAUAAAUUUGUCAUAUAUUAUAGCAAUCAAUUAUAGUAAUUUGUUAUUUGAAUUUAUUUUUACAUUCAAUAUAUUUUUAUACAAAGAAAUGGUUUUUGUAUUUAUUGGACUAUUAUAUU